AUGGAAGGGGAGGAAAAACCAGAAGAAUCCUUUGCCGUUAAGCUGAAGUAUUACACGACCCUGACCAUGGGAACAACGGCAUGUCUAUCAUCCUUCAUCUUCAUGUUCUUGAUUCCGUGGAUACUGGAUCCAUCUAUAUCCACUCUCAUGGCUAACUUCGACCCAGAGCAGGUGUUGUGCAGGACAGUCAGAACAGAUCAUUUGGUGAGCAUGAAGAACUGUUCCUGGUCAUCGUGUAAGCACGGGUGCACCACGGACCAAUACGAAUGCGACCAGAUCUAUGUGGACUACAUGCAUGUUCCCUAUAGCGAGUAUGACGAGGAGAGCUUCGAGAUGGACGAAGACCUCUGGGUUGGACGUGGUGUUCCCCUUUUCAUCAACAUCAAGGCUUGCGGAUACCCACCUCAAACCAACUGCUCCACUUUCGCCGACAAACACGGUCCCGAAGGCUCUGUCUUCGCCUGCUAUUACUCACGAGCUGACCCUAACUUAGUCAUGACCGAAUAUUCAUGGUGGAAGGAGGUCAACAGCAUCAUCAUGGCCCUCCUGAUUCCAAAUGUCCUGUGUGGGUUCUCCCUCGGUCUGGUGACCUACUGGUGGUAUCCUGGAGAGUGUGACUACUGGAUAACGGGGCUGUAG